AUUUAGUUUUAUAUUAGAAAUCAUUUUGUUAAAAACUGUCCCGAAGAUCACCAGUGUGAUCGGUGCAUUGCUUGUUUUGUUGGGUUCGAUUGGAACGAUUUUUGUCGAACUGAAAUUCUCGUCAGAAUAAUUAUUGUUGGGAUACAUGCUAAACUGUAAAACACUGUAAAAAAUGUAAAAUAUCGUGCUCAGUAUUCUUUGGUUCAAUGAGCGAAGAAUUUAGUACAAAACAUAUGUUUACCUGGCUUAAGUUUUCUCUGAUGCAACACAACAGUUUGAAGGGAAACCACCUUUAAACCAGACCAGCUGAUCACAGUAGUGCGCGGGAAAAGGAGGAUUUCAAAGUACCUUUCUUAAAGUGUGCAAAACAUUUUGUCCAAGGCGAUUUGCAUCGAAAAGUGUUUUGCAAGUACAAGAAUUUGAACUGAGAAAACAGGAACUUAUUAAUAGGAAAUUUCUAAAAGAAAAGCUAGAAAUGGGUGAUGCAGAUGCAGAAAAGGUCCUCGCGCCUCUACGUCUUCAUGUUAAGGAGCAGGGAGACAUCGUUCGAGGAUUAAAAGAGAGCGGGGCCACAACAAUUGACAUUGAAAGAGCAGUUGCUGAGUUGAAAGCAAGGAAAAGGCAACUGCUUAACAAAGAGAAUGAAUUGGUUGCAAAGGAGGAUUUUCCAAGACAGCAGAUGGAAGAUACUUUGAAGAGACGAUUCUUCUAUGGCCAAGCUUUUGAGCUGUAUGGGGGUGUAAGUGGCUUGUAUGACUUUGGUCCAGUGGGUUGCAUGUUGAAAAAUAACAUCAUUUCAGAGUGGAAGCAGCAUUUUAUUUUGCAUGAUCAGAUGCUGGAAAUAGAAUGUACAAUGCUGACACCAGAGCCCGUAUUACGCGCUUCAGGUCACAUUGAGAGGUUUGCUGAUCUGAUGGUCAAAGAUGAAAAAACUGGUGCUUGCUUUCGUGCAGAUCAUUUGCUCGAGGGACAUAUUGAAAAGCUGAUGCAAGACAAGAAGGUUGGUUUGGAUGUGAAGGAAAAGUGUAAGACUGUAUUGCAGCAGCUGGACAACUAUGGGAAAGAGGAAUUGGGAACUCUAAUGAGAGAGUUUGAAGUCAAAUCACCAGUGACUGGCAAUGAAAUUUCAGACCCAAUGGAUUUUAAUCUAAUGUUUCAAACCACUAUUGGACCAGGCAACGCAAUGCCAGGAUAUCUUAGACCAGAAACUGCUCAGGGAAUUUUCCUCAAUUUUAAGAGAUUGUUGGAAUUUAAUCAAGGAAAGUUACCAUUUUCAGCAGUUCAAAUUGGAAUGUCGUUUAGAAACGAAAUUUCGCCAAGAUCUGGCUUAAUUCGGGUGCGGGAAUUUCAAAUGGGUGAAAUUGAGCAUUUUGUUGAUCCUUUGCGCAAAGAACAUCCUUUGUUUUCGACAGUCAAGGAUAUUAAAGUCCCUCUUUACUCUAGCAAGGCACAAUUGAAUGGAGAAGCACCUUCAGUUAGGACCCUUGGAUCUGCAGUAGAAGAUGGAACAAUUGAUAAUGAGACACUCGGAUACUUUAUGGGCAGGAUUUAUCUCUUUUGUGUCAAAGUUGGAAUAGACCCAUUUAAGUUCAGAUUUCGUCAGCAUAUGCAGAACGAAAUGGCCCAUUAUGCCUGUGACUGCUGGGAUGCUGAAUGCAAAACAUCAUAUGGGUGGGUGGAGUGCGUUGGUUGUGCUGAUCGUUCGUGUUAUGACCUAAAAUGUCAUUCGCAAGCUGCUAAAGUUAACUUGUCAGCCGAGAGGCCCCUUCCUGAACCUGUCCAAAGAGACGUGGUUUCUCUUAGUUGCAAUAAGCAAGCUGUGGGAAAAGCUUUUAAGAAAGAUGCCAAGAAAGUGCAAGCGCAUUUAGAAGGUCUCAGUGAAGAAGAGAUUGUGAAUUUGGAAACUGAAAUGACUGCUAAUUCUGUGUAUGUUUAUACUCAUUCAGAUGGUGGAAAGUUUAACGUUCUACCAGGAAUGGUGGCAGUAAAACGCACCAAGAAAACAUUCCAAGUGGAAGAAUUCAUGCCUUCUGUCAUUGAACCUUCAUUUGGAUUUGGAAGGCUGCUUUAUUCCACAUUGGAACACAAUUUUAAAAUCCGAGCUGCAGAUGAACAGCGUACGUUUUUCUCUCUUCCCGCUGUUAUAGCUCCUUACAAGUGUUCUUUGCUUCCGCUAAGCAACAAACCAGAUUUCAACCCCUUUAUUACAUCAUUAUCUUUAGCCCUGAAGAAACUCGGCAUCUCACAUAAGGUCGACACUUCAUCUGGUUCAAUCGGCAAGCGUUAUGCACGUACUGAUGAAAUAGCUGUUCCCUUUGGUAUCACCGUUGACUUUGAUACAGUGAAGAUAGAACCGCAUACUGCAACUUUGAGAGAGCGUGACAGCUUGGUACAAAUCAGGGCGACUGUUGAAGAAAUUCCUCAGAUUGUUUACGAUCUUGUGCAAGAGAAUACAACCUGGGAAGAAGUGAUGAAAAAGUACUCUGUGUUCGAGGAACAAAUUAAUAAAUAACUCUAGUUACAUAAAAAGUCAUGUAGAGUCAUAUUUGGUUAAGGGUGAUUUGGUUAGCAAAUUUCUGCAUGGGUGCUCUCUUAUUUAUCGUUUCAAAUAUAGAUUUUGAAGUGUGUGUAUAAACUAGGG